CAUCGUUGUUGUUUUCAACAUGUUGGAAAGUAAAAUACACUGAGAUUUACUGUAUCGGCUCAACACUUAUACCAACAAAACAGGACUUUUGUAUACAUUCACCGUUUUAAGUCAAUCUAAACUGGCCAUGACUACUCGUGGGUACGUUAUGAUGAGCUAUCAAUGGGAUGAUCAACCAAUGGUGAAGAAAAUCGCUGAUCGUUUGAAACAACAUGGGUAUAACGUAUGGAUAGACAUUGAGAAAAUGCAUGGGUUCAUCUUCGACACAAUGGCUGACGCAGUAAAGAACGCUGAUGUGGUCCUCGCCUGCUUUUCAGAAAAAUAUCAACAAAGCGACAAUUGCAAAUCAGAAGGAAACUGUAUGCGCCAAUUCCGCAAAGAGUUUAUACCCAUUAAAAUGGAGGCUGGCUAUUCACCCGAUGGCUGGGUUGCUACUAUUUUCGGUGGCCAUCUAUAUGUUGAUUUCUCACAGGCUACAGACCCCAUAAUAUUCGAAACUAAGAUAUAUGAGUUGUUACAACAGCUCGGUUUAAAAUCAGUUUUUCGGGAUAUUGAGGCUGUUUCUAUGCCAAAUGUGUCAAGUCCAAUCGCAUCGGCCACUGAAUCGUCUAUUCAACCCAAGCUUCUAAGCAAGCAAGAUAAUUGUCCCUUGAAUGAAGUUGUGUUCCGAGACCUGGGGGAAGAAUUGGGUAACGACUGGCGAAGAUUAGCCACUUUCCUUGGUGUUCCGUACGUAAAACAGGAGAAAAUCUCUGCAAAACAUCCAGGCGACAUGGAAGAGCAGACAAUAGCGAUGUUGCUCGAGUGGAAGAAGGCAACAAAACGUGGGGACAACAGAGUAGAUAUUUUAAGCACAGCUUUAAAUAAAGCAGGAAGAAUAGACCUUGCUGAACUUGUCGAAGAAUUAGGAGGAACCUAAAUGAACUUACUUAAUGUAAUCAACUUAUAUAGCGCAUAAUGUAAAAUAACUCUAUGCGCUUUAAAGCAAGGAGUGGGAUAUAUUAUUUAAAAUUUCACCUAAUAAAUAAAUAAAUUUCAGUGUUUUAGUGUUAAUAAUUUCAGAGUCCCUCAGAUUAGUAAAGGUAUAGGCCAUUCUACCUUUUUAAACAGCAAUAACAGUGUGGAAUGGCCUUCUCAACAGUAUUCAAGAAAUAAAUGAUGUUAAUAAUUUAAACUUAAUAUUAAGGAACAUUUUAAACGUUAUCCAAAUGUAUUUGCUUAAGCUGUUUUAUGGUAACAUCUUUAUCAUUUUAAUCUUUAAAAAAAAACAAAAAAACCUCUAACUCUUUUCAAUUUAUAAAGUAUUUAAAAUGUUUGCUUAAGCUGUUUUUAUUUUUUUUGACAUUUUAAUAUUAAAAAUAAACUUGUAACUCUUUUCAAUUUAUAAAAUCUUAAACAUGUUUAACUUGUUUAAUUCUGUUAAUCUUAAAGCUUUUAAAGUUUAAACUUGUCGAACUUUUUUAUGGAUUUAUUCUUUCUAAUUGAAUUUUUACACUCCUUUGCAAUGUUUUUAUAGUUUUUUAUCCUGCUGUUUUUUACUUCAGUGUUUUGUAUUCACUUGUAAAUGUAAGGAUCCCAACGGAAAUAAGGUUUCUUUUAACCUUUCUUGGGUCAACCUUAGUAUCUUGUCUUUGUCUUCCCUGUUUCUGUUUGCUUUGUAUUUUUUGUAUGUAAUGGUACUGAACAAGAUCAAUCAAUCACAUAAAUAUCAACAUUUAUUAUUAUUAUAUAUACAUAUAUAUAUUAUAUAUA